GUCAGGCAAGCGCGGGCCGCCACGAGGGGGCGACACAAGGCUUCGAGGUGCCAUGGUGUCCCGGGUCGCCGGCUACCUGCGCUUGCUCAUCUGGCUGCUGCUUCUCUGGCCCCGGCUGGGCGCGGACCCCGGGGAUGCCGCGACGCCCCGCUCCCAGCGUGGCCCAAUUUCCCUUAAAUCUGUGACACCCACGCCCACGCCCACGCCCACGGCGAAACCAGUGGUCCUUCCCAAAGCCUGUGGUCAGAGGAGGAUAGUCGGGGGAGAGCCGGCAGCAGAGCGGAUGUGGCCCUGGCAGGUCAGCCUGCAGGCCGAGGGCGCACACCUCUGCGGGGGCUCCCUCAUCAGCAGCCGGUGGGUGAUGACCGCAGCACACUGCAUAUUCGACUAUCUGGACUACACGGUGAAGCUGGGAGACACACACCUGAAGCAUGAAGCCCCAACGGCUGUUGUGGUCCCAGUCAAAGACAUCGUUAUCCACCAAGAAUACGUGAUCUUGGGAGCAGUCUUUAAUGACAUCGCCCUGGUGCUGCUGUCCUUCCCUGUGAAUUACUCCACACACAUCCAGCCCGUGUGCCUCCCCGCCAAGUCCUUCCAGUUAGAAGUUGGUACAACAUGCUGGGUGACCGGAUGGGGCAAAACACAAGAUGUCAAAUGGGCGAGCUCGCCGACUCAGCUUCAGGAGACCAAGGUGAACAUAGUUGACCGUGAGAAAUGUAAUCGCAGCCUCAAGUACUUGCUGCAGGUGUUGUUUAAUGUGGUCAGUGAAGGAGGCCUUUGUGCUUAUGGCGAAGGAAAGGAUGCCUGCCAGGGAGACUCUGGGGGCCCUCUUGUCUGUGAAUUCAACAAUACAUGGGUGCAGACGGGCAUUGUGAGCUGGGGCAUUGGCUGUGGCCGCAACCAAAAUCCUGGAGUCUAUACAGCCGUCAGUUUCUACAAGGACUGGAUUGUGAGAAUAGUGAGUCGGUCUACACGCUGGGACACAGCAGGCCUCCUUAUGGCAUGCCUGUGUCUGCUGCUGCACCUGGCAUCCUGGUGACCCUGCAGUCACCCUGGCUGCUCUCCCCAGUUCAGUGUUUCCCCCUAGCCCUCUCCCUGACCCCCUUCUGUUCCAGGGGCCUGUGUUCAAUUUCCAGUUUCACCCAUCACUCCUGAAAAUCCCUCAGUGGAGCACAGCAAGGAGACUGGGGCUGCAAAGGGUCCUGGACCUGAGUAUUGGUCGCUGUCACGCAUACACCAAGCUGUGCCAUGCAUGAAGGAAGAAGAUGAAGCCUGAUCAGAGGCACAGCAUCCUGCCAGGGGCAGCCUGGUGAUGCCCCGAUGGACAUGUUGGAGAACAUCUGCAAGCAGAGAUGUUCCCGGCCAUGGAGCAAGCCCUAGACCUGGCCCUGGUGUCAGGCUGUGCCCUGAGCCUGUGUGAGGUCAUGCAGCUGGGUGACUGUUGAGAGCAACAAGCAGGCAUCACCAGGUUCCUGCACAGGUGCCAGGCUGGGAUUCCACACAGGGCUCUGUGUCUGGGCUGGCAGAAGUCCCCUGUGCCCCAGUACGGGUCCAUGUGUCCAGUGAGUGCAUGGGGCACACUCCCAAACCUGUGGCUGCAUCCGGGUGCACUGCAUGUUGUGCUGAGGCGGUUUUGCAAUGUGGAGGUUUCAGACUGAACUAAUAAAUGUUUUCAGAGUGUC